AUGCCCAGUUUCGUCUCGACAAUUAGAGGUGGCUGCAAAGCACUUUUCACCUCCUUAACUUCGACCUUUUCCGGCUUUAAAAGAUGGUUCCAUCGUGAAGUCAGGCCAACACUCGAGGGCAUUAUCUCCACAAUCAAUCGUCUAUACCGUACUCAUGUGCGUCCAUUCAUAUCACGCUAUGUUCAAUUCAUCUGCGAGCACCCACUUCCAAUAGCCCUUGGAAUUCUGAGCAUCGCCGUGAUUAUCUGGCCUGGCAUUGUUACCGCACCAUUACUUGCUCUUUUGGGUUUUAUGAUCUCAGGUCCUGUUUCUGGAUCUAUAGCCUCACUCACUCAGACGAUCCUCGGAAACAUCGCUGCUGGUAGUGUAUUUGCGGUAUUACAAAGUGCCGGUAUGGUAGGUUUCGGGCUCGUGAUGAUUAAUGGUGCUGUUGUUGGGAUUGCUGCUUUGGUCUUAGCUAUGAUUACCAUUCACUUGAUUGCGGAGUGGAGAGUCUAG